AUUCCACGUCAGACACGGUUUGGGCUGUCUUUUUUUGAUCCAUAAAUUGUACAGAAUCGGGCUUCUUUUGUUAAUCCGUAAUUUUUUUCAUUAUUGGACUGGUCUGUUAACGAGCUUCGUAUUAUGUUAUUAGUUUUGAGAAACCUGAGUCUUAGAAUGGACUUUGGUUAAAGAAAAUCAUUUAUAUGGCCCAGUAGAUCUCUUCUGUUUCGAAACGUUCUCUUCAAUGGAGUUAACUAAUCCAAACACAAAGCGACUGUUUGUGUUUCCAUGAAUCAGUUUCUCUUACUCUACCUCCACGUCUCCAUCUUUACUCUGUUAAUCAAUAAUGGAUCACGUUCAUAACACCUCCUGCAUUCCACUUUAUAUAUACUCUAUCUAAACAGAUGAACCCUUUUUCUCUGAUUAAGGAUGGGCGGCUUUCAGGAACAUAUUGGCUGAGAUCCUUGAAGCAUCAGGGCUUAUGGUGCCGAAUCAGGUUGGGAUACUCUCUACUGGUGUUAACUAAUAAGCUCUCUGUUUCUCUCGGGUCUUAUUCUCACUUCCUCUUGAAAACAGAAGCCUUCUGAUGCAGAGGAACAUCUGGUUGGAGUUUCAGAUGAUGUGGGCGUUGGAUUUAUACAUGACCAUGGUAACCAACCCUCCUCUUCUACUUUUGAUCGAGCAACUGACUCGACAGGCCAGGAUGAAACCGGUGUUUCUAAGGUAAUCAGAUCUGACCAGAAACGGUUCUUCUUUGAUCUUGGGAAUAAUAACAGGGGCCAUUUCCUGAGGAUAUCUGAGGUAAAUCGUAGAAACAGUUCUUCUUUGAUGUUAUUUAAACUCUCUUGAGAGCGUAAGCAACUCUCAAUACAUGAAAAUAUAUAGGUGGAAGGUGCUGACAGGUCCUCAAUGAGCUUGAAUUGGUGAGCAAGACGUUGCAAGUGGAGCAAAAGCUAUUCUACUUAGAUCUCAAGGAGAAUCCUCGCGGGAAGUACCUGAAGAUAUCGGAGAAGACGUCAGGUUCGAGGUCAACUAUCAUCGUUCCUUCCUCCGGCAUCUCCUGGUUCCUCGAUCUCUUCAAUUACUAUGUCCGACGAGCACGAGAGCAAAGAGUUGCAGCUUGAUUCCAAGGUUCCUUAUUAACUCUGUCUCUGUCAUCUCUCUUUCACUCUCUUAUUCUACUGGCGUUGACUUUUUUGAGUUCUUUGUGAUUUAGGUGUUUUACUUUGACAUCGAUGAGAUCUGAUACCACUAUCCAUCGUCGGCAAACACCUCGAAAUAUCCGCCCGUGACUACCGCUCUUCGAACCAAUCCUAUGGUUUCAGCGGCUUUAACAUCAUGGCGACGCAAAUCAGCAAGAAGAGGAAGGUGAGUUUCAUUGUGUCCUUUUCUGUCCUCAUUGAUCUCCUUCGCGGAAUCGUAGUUUGAAUUGUAUCUGUGUUGAGUUUCUGUAGUUUGUAGCCGACGGUGUGUUCUUUGCUGAGUUGAGUGGGGUGGUCUUGCCGUUGGCAAGUAUAGUUUUUAAUGCUUACUGCAAAAUAUUAUUCAUCAACUGAUACUUGAUUUUGCUCACAUCCCAAAAGAGAGAGUGUGCUUAGUUUAGUUAUCAAGCCAUUUCCUUCAUAGGGACAGUGGCAGUUUCUCUAAAGUUGUUGUGUAGUUUUCAUUUCUCUUGCUGAUUUUGGAAUGAUAUUGUAUUGUAUAGGGCUUGCUAUGGUGUCUUGAGAUUCGUCAUGGAGAGUAGAGCUAAGGUGAGGUGUGUACACAUCCCUUUUCUCUAUUUUUUUUUUAAUUUCUUCUCCAUUUAUUAAAGCAAACCUUCAGUUUAAGUAGUCAACAACCUUGGGAUUCCUCUAUCUAAGGUUCCGUGUUGAGCUUGCUGUGGAUGACGGCAAAUAUACCGGCUAUGUUUGUUGUCUUUGAUAAGGAGAUGACAAAGCUUACCAACAAAGAAUUUGUUGUCCUUGCGCUUAAAGAGCUACCAAACGGUGGAGAGGAUGAGCUACUUCCCUUGAAGAGCUUACUGGCAAGGAGUGUGUUUCAGAUCCGUGUGACACUUUAUAACUUCACACCCAACCACCAUACCUUCAGUGUCUCGACCAUCACUGAAGAUCUCAUCAUUGACAACCAGGCCGACGUUUGUAAUCUUGCUGGUGAAUCUUUAGUUUUCCCAGCUUUUAUUUAUACAUCACUUUCAGAGGCUGCUGAGAACAUUCUUCCAAGCAGUGAAGGUGCCAGAGGAUUAACUGCAUCAUCUUCGGACGUGGCGGUUGUGGGAAAGAAGGUAUGAAUGGAAUGUAGCGCAGCAAAUCAACAUAUUAGCCCGCAAGUAUUGAAAACACCCGCAAGCGCCACCGUAAUGAUAGGAAUUUAUUAUUCAUAUCAUCCCGUCAACCUCUGUUUCAGUGAGUAGUUUUUUAAAUUGCUAUCAUCUUUGUUUCUCAUUUAAAACUUUUUUUUUGCCCCUGCAAGGUUUAUCUCUUAUGUAGUUUUCUUUGUCUUUUGAAUUAUUAAUGAAGCGUUAUUAAGGGGUUUUCAUAA